GAUUUGAUUUUAGCGUCUGCAAGGAAAAUUGAAUCCAAACAGUUUUCGUUUUUUUUUUCAUCCCCAUUGUCGAGAAAAUUCCUUUUUGAAUGUGUGUAGAAUUUUCUUUCUUGCCAACACCAAUACUAGUACGAUGCGAGUUUCCACUCCAAUGCGCAGCUGUACGAUCUGUUUACAUUCGAAUAUACGCUCACUCUCUGUCACGCACACACACGCGCCCCACAUGUGCAUUUGUACGUGUGCGUGUGUUUGUGCAUAAACGCAUCUGUUUGUUGUGUUAGAUGCAGGAGUGAGUGGGAUGGUGCGAGUGAGUGAAAAAGCGAGAGACAAAGAGACGACGACCCUUGGAACGAGGUUGAAGGGCCGCAUUCCAAACGCACAGAGAAAACAGAAGGCCCCCUUCGGGGUUUGCAGUGUUCCGAUCGAUCCGCAGCCAUCAGUACGGAGUCGAACGUACUUCGGAAAGGUCGUUUCCAUCUUUUGCGACACGAACACACACAGCUGAGAGGGUUGGUAGGAAUUUUCCACCCCUCCUCCUUUACUGUAGUAGAUGUUAAAGUUUCACUUGUGUGCUUAACACUUUAUUGCUUGUGAUAUAUACUGGCGUGCUAAAGCGGGAGUUUGCGGUGCUUAUAUGGAAACAGUGCUGGGUGUAACAUUACACAUACGCCCUUAUAUAUAGCACAGAAGGCGGAAGUGAUAUUUCCGUGCAACUAAGUGCCACCAGUACUGUGUACAACUUCCUUGGGAAAAACCCCUAACCAAAUGAUUCUAUGCUCAACGUUUUCGGCAAAUUUAUGUUUCACGGCAAUACGCUGCUAGUGCAAAGAAAGUGCGCAAAAAACCGGUAGAGUUUGGCCACCCUGCCACAAACCUCUAGCAGGAAGUGAAAGAAAGGGACGAAAUUGGCCGUCGACCAAGUGAUGUGUGGAACAACCCUGCUCAAGUACACUAGUUCGCCGAAAGAAAAAAGUUGUGAAACUGCGUAGUUAAAGAGACUGGCAAGCUGCUGGCAAGCGAGUUUGGUCUAUCCGAAGGCCAACUAAUUUUGAAGCGCUGCCAAGAGCCUCUUAUAACGGGCGCGCGUGUGAUAUUGAUAAGAAUGAAGGGUGGCGACAAGAUAAGAGUGUUAAAAUCUUUUAGUUACUAAAAAACAGACGGAACUUAUCGUAGUAUUUAUACACCAAAGGAUUAAUAUAUAUAUACACACACACAUCGACAAGCUGUUAUUUAUUGGAGCAAAAACCCCAUCAUCAGUAACAAACAUACUCGUGUACGCCUUACCGGAUAUUUCCAAAGAUUGUUUUCCUGCAGUUCUCGAUAAAGCUGUACCGAAUACCGAAUACUCCAAGUUUGCUACAAAUUGUUCUACAAACUGUUCUGUCCAUUGCAUACAGUGGGCCCAUAGUGUUUGGCACUUCACAAUACUACUACCAUCCACCUAGCUUUGUACCACCGUCCGGAGGCCAAAGUCAUCGGUUGCUGCGCGUCAGUUGCAUUGUACAUCGCGAGUGGCGGUUGUAUACGAUUCGGCUCCGUGCACUGUGUGAGUGAACAUUUCAUGGACCGGCAGUACGAUAAAGGUAGCUUGCUGCUUUGUCUGGCCAUCUUUGUGCACAAGCUUACGUUCGUGUUCCAUUGGGCGCAAAAUUACCUGAAGGUUGUAUCGCUAGCCCGCGUCCAGCGCACAGCAGGAACAGCAGGUGGUGGUGGAGGAGGAGGAGGCGGCCGAGGAGGUGGACGAUCGAUUGUGAGCGUCAGCACCGUUUCUACUCCGAAAGUGCCCGACAGCGGCGACAUGUGUGAGAUGGCACAUGCACUAUCACUGCCCGCGCCAAUCGAUCUACCGGACAACAAGCAGAAAGAUGACGAUCUCGCAUGCAUGUCACCGGAAUACUUUCACAUCGAGGAAAAUCGGUUACGCACAUUUGGCCGCUGGCCGGUAUCAUUCAUCAGUCCGAACGUGCUCGCCCGGUACGGGUUCUACUACGUCGGCACGGACGACACGGUCAAGUGUUAUUUCUGCCGGGUGGAGAUCGGCCUGUGGGAACCGCAGGACGACGUGAUACAGGAGCAUCUGCGCUGGUCCCCGUUCUGUCCUCUGCUGAAGAAACGCCCAACGAACAACGUGCCGCUGAAUGCGAACUACCUCGAUGCGGUCCCGGAACCGAGCUACGAUACCUGCGGCAUUAGUGUGCGACAGCAUUCGUACGCAGAAAAUGCCAACGAUCGGGCACGGAUGGAUCUCGAUCGCAUGAGUGGGGAUUCGUGGAGCGGAGCGAGUGACAUUAGCAACAGCAGUAGCGGCAGCAGCACCAAUGGUGGUGUUGGUGAUAUUGAACCAAUGUCCGGCGUGAGCGGAAACGGCGCUACCGGACUGGUUGGUGGACUGCAGCAAGAUCGCGCCUCGAUGACGGCGGCCGAAUGGAACAAUGGUGUGCUAAUGGGGGAACACAGUCUAAUGCGCCGACCGGAGUAUCCGAACUAUGCGAUCGAGGCCGACCGGUUGAAGACGUACGAGGAUUGGCCGACAUCGCUGAAGCAAAAGCCGAAACAGCUGAGCGAUGCCGGGUUUUUCUACACCGGCAAGAGCGAUCGGGUGAAAUGCUUCAGCUGCGGCGGUGGCCUAAAGGACUGGGAGCAGGACGAUGAGCCGUGGGAACAGCAUGCAAUCUGGUACAGCAACUGUCACUACCUGCAGCUAAUGAAGGGCCGCGAGUUCAUUCAAAAGUGUAACGAGCUGAAGGAUGCCGGGUCGGCAAACAAUGGCACCUCGUCGUCGAUGUCGUCUGCCUCCUCGCAACCGUCCACGUCCGGCAUCAGUUCCGCUUCGUCGUCGGUUAUGAGCACCUCGCCCGCCUCGUCCAGCGGUUUUAGCUCACCGACACCGGCCGCCGAUGAGGAACGUACGCUCCGCUGCAGCGACCAUUAUUCAUCCGGCAGCGAUGAGGGUGAGGAUGACACUGGCAGCAAUCGGAAGAUACCGUCGGACGGUAAGAUCUGCAAGAUCUGCUUCGUCAACGAGUAUAACACCGCGUUCAUGCCGUGCGGACACGUGGUCGCAUGCGCCAAAUGUGCGUCAUCCGUCAACAAAUGUCCGCUCUGUCAGCAACCGUUUAUCAAUGUGCUACGGCUGUACCUGUCGUAAGGAGCCUUAUUGCAACGAAUCGGCAUCAUCAGCUCGCUGACACAAAACCAGCUGAGUGUGCUCUAGUUUUUUGGGGAGGAAUACACCCAAUCCCUGCCUGCUCUUUUAUCCCCACCGUUGUUACCUGGGCUGUGCCUAUGUAUAGGUGAAUGGUUGCGGAUCCGGUUGUUCUCGAUAGGUGGACGAUUGAUUAAUCUCGUAUGUAAUAAUAUAUUGCCUAACCAGUAAAUCACAAUCACCCCAUACACGUGCCGGGUCUAUCGAUGCUCGGGUGGUUUGGGUUGAAGAGAACGAAGAGAUCCCCAUCUACAGACUGCUAGGAAGAGUUAGGAGGCAGUUUCUAAUUGAUAGAGAUAGCGAGGGAGAGAACGAAAAAACGGAAAUAGGCGCACAUCACCAUUAACAGCUCCAGCAGACUUCGCUAAAGAAGGAUCGAGAAAACGGAACGUCGUGGUACAGGAUGAAUAUGUGUUACAAGGAAAAUCAAAUUUUCCUAAUACAGUAAGAUGCAAACGAACGGUAUCAGGGAGUGUGGUAGAUAUGGAAAAGCAGAAAAAAGCAAAUAAGCACCAUUUUCGUUCUGGAUGUAUAUCGGUUGAUCUGGCUGGCAUUUACACUCUGUUUGCGGUUUGACAAACACGCGAUCGGUAUUAUCCGGAUCCUGUACAGCUAGGAAGUAAAUGAAUGUUGACGUUUUGAUCAAGUUGGAGCAAGACUAAACCAUAGGAAUAAAUCGCUUCUACGGUUCUGUACCAUAAGUAUAUGACCGUGAACGCACUUCGGUUGCCGUUGGAAAUUUUGCUGUUCCUAACAUCUUGAAGCUUUUGCUAUGGAGCUCUUUUUUUACAAUGUAAAUGUGAAAAGCAUAGCGCUCCCGUUGGGGUUUCAAGUGAGGGACAUUUUUAUUGGUACUUUAUAAAUAAAGGAUGGCAAUUUGUGGUGCGUCAACGGUACCGUGUACUGUGGUAGAUAGGUGGUGAACACAAGAUGGUGCAACAUUUAGAUGUAGCAAGAACAAUUAAAAUGACGCGCAAUGCUAGAUGUUUUUCAAUUUAGUGGUUAAGCUUUUCUCCCGCAUCUUGGAGGAAGAUGGCGCUGUAGAUGAACAUUGAACUAAUGAGAAUUUUUUUUUUGCUGUAGAUCCUAUUCGAAAUGUAAGAAAAAGGGGGAUAACAAAACAUUUUAUAUUACAGUAAGAAACAUUUAAAAAAACACACAAGAGAAAAUACUAAAAAACUGUGCAAAAGAAUAUUCACACGUAUUCUAUCAAUCCUUAAAGGUGUAGCCCGAUCAGUAACAUAACAAUGCACUCAAACUAGAGCGAGCAGAACAGAAAACGAUCUCUCCAGACGAAACAGGAACACAACUGUGUAUGAUGAAGUACCUAAAACAUAGCGAUUUUCGAAUAACAUGAUAAUUUUCGUGUGGAUAUAGUGUAAGCUAAUCUCAUAAUAACGUAACAAUAAAUGGAAAUGUAAAGAAUAAUGUUGAAACUAUA